AUGACCACCCGUUUGGGACAAUUGAGUAAACAAAUAUUCACCAUGGCUGCCAAGACCAAGACCGACAUCCACCUGUACACCGCGGGCACCCCCAACGGAAUUAAAGUUAGCAUUCUUUUGGAGGAGCUUGGCCUGGAGUAUAAGACUACUGCCAUUGACAUUACCAAGAACACCCAGAAGGAGCCCUGGUUUCUCGAGAUUAACCCCAAUGGCCGUAUCCCCGCCUUGACCGACACCUUCGAGGAUGGCAAGCAGAUCCGCUUGUUUGAGAGCGGCAGUAUCAUGCAGUACCUCGUCGAGCGCUACGAUAAGGACCACAAGGUUUCUUACCCGUAUGGAUCUCGCGAGUACUGGGAGGUGAACAACUGGCUGCACUGGCAAAUGGGUGGCCUGGGUCCUAUGCAGGGACAAGCCAACCACUUCAAGCGCUACGCCCCCGAGAAGAUCCAGUACGGCAUUGACCGCUACGUCAACGAGACUCGCCGUCUGUACCGCACCAUGGACACACAGCUCAAGUCGAACCCUCACGGCUACCUUGUUGGUGACCGUGUGACCAUCGCCGACAUGGCCUGCUGGGGCUGGGUUGCGGCGGCCAAGUGGGCAGGCGUGAGCCUCGAGGAGUUCCCUGCGCUCAAGGAGUGGCUGUGGAAGUUGGUUGAGCGUCCUGGCUUCGAGGCCGGACGUAACAACCCUUCUCCCCACAAGGCGCUGGAGCAGCACAGCAAGUCGGAUGAGGAGUUGGAUGAGCAGGCCAAGAGUGCCUCGGCGUGGAUUCUCAAGGGCAUGAAGGAGGAUGCUGCAAAGAAAUGA